AAGCCCUGGACCAAAGACCACCAUUACUUCAAGUACUGCAAGAUCUCGGCGCUGGCACUGCUCAAGAUGGUGAUGCACGCCAGGUCGGGCGGCAACCUGGAGGUGAUGGGGCUCAUGCUGGGCAAGGUGGACGGGGAAACCAUGAUCAUCAUGGACAGCUUCGCCCUGCCCGUGGAGGGCACGGAGACCCGCGUCAAUGCCCAGGCGGCCGCCUACGAGUACAUGGCUGCCUACAUCGAGAACGCAAAGCAGGUUGGCCGUCUAGAAAAUGCCAUUGGCUGGUAUCACAGUCACCCUGGCUAUGGCUGCUGGCUCUCUGGGAUCGAUGUCAGUACUCAGAUGCUUAAUCAGCAGUUUCAAGAACCCUUUGUAGCAGUCGUUAUUGAUCCUACAAGAACAAUAUCUGCUGGAAAAGUAAAUCUUGGAGCAUUUAGGACAUAUCCUAAGGGCUAUAAGCCUCCAGAUGAAGGUCCAUCUGAAUACCAGACUAUUCCGCUUAAUAAAAUAGAAGACUUUGGUGUACACUGUAAACAGUAUUAUGCUUUAGAAGUCUCUUACUUCAAAUCCUCUUUGGAUCGUAAAUUGCUUGAGCUUUUGUGGAACAAAUACUGGGUGAACACUCUGAGUUCUUCUAGUUUACUUACUAAUGCUGACUACACCACCGGCCAAGUCUUUGAUUUGUCUGAAAAAUUAGAACAGUCAGAAGCUCAGCUUGGACGGGGCAGUUUCAUGUUGGGUUUAGAGACUCACGAUAAGAAAUCGGAAGACAAACUUGCUAAAGCAACAAGAGAUAGCUGCAAGACCACCAUAGAAGCUAUACACGGAUUGAUGUCUCAGGUUAUUAAGGAUAAACUUUUUAAUCAAAUUAAUAUAGCUUGAAAUGCAUCACCAGCUGAUACACAUCUCCAAAGCAGAAAAAGCCAUGGUUUGUUUCGCUUGGACUUGUUCAAUUUGGGAAACGAAGCUGGAGUGGAAAAUUAUUCAUUUAAUUUGUAGUACUUUAAUAUUUCCCACCUGUUUGACCAGUUUUUAAAGAACAAAAUGGUCUGAAAUGUAGUGUAACUUUUUGUUCUUUAUCAUGAAACACAACCAAUUUGGAGAAUUGUUCCAGAAGAAAAAUAAAUAUGACUUACUGGUUUUUGCUCUUAGAUAUUUAUCUCUACCAUCUGUCUGCAAUAAAACAAUUUUAAAAAUGA